UGAACUGAACGUCAUAUCCAUCUCAAACAGAAAAUGAAAAGGCUUUAAUCGACAGAAUGAGCGUCCCUUCAACUUUUCUACCUCAUUUGCCGAGGUCACAAUACACUCUUCACCCACUCAACCCCACCGAACUACUCUCUUACAUCGCUGAUCUCCGAGAGCUAUACCUACCUCCGAUUCAUGGUGGAUUCCAUGCCGCUGAUGUACUCGAAGAUGGGGCCGAUUCCUCCAGUGAAGAGGGCAAUAAGAAUGACAGACGGGUGAAGAAGGAAAUUAGAGAGAUCAAGAGGAAGCGAAGAUUCAGCGCUGGUUUAGUCGAGACUAUGGAGGGCAUGGGUCUCGGUCUCGAUGUAGCAUUACCGGCAAAGACCGAGACUAUCGUCGAAGACAAGAUCAAUGAAGAAAUGGAGGACACCGAAGACACCGAAGAAGAGUAUGAGGAGCUCGAGACGCCGCAUUUGGAGCCCUUCGAGAGAGAAUGGGCGGAGAGGUGGCUCAGUGGAGUCGUGAGGAGGGCUCAAGGCUGGCUGGAAGAGAAUGAGGGUGAUGAGAAAACGGAAGGAACCAAGGACAUUGAAGCUAUCUUGAGAGAUGCCACGGCGGUUCUUGCAAUGAUGGCUGGUACAAGUGCUGCGGGAUCUCUUACUCGCCAUCUCAUCUUCCCCAUAGCGGACUACCUCGGCCCAGCGCUCUCUAAAGUCCGUUCAAGGGUUACCCCAAACCCGAUGCACUCUCCCAGCACCUCUACUUUUCUCGCUUCGUUCUCCACCUCUCCCACUUCCCCCCUCACUCUUCGCACGCGACUUCCCCCUUCGCCCACGACAUCUACUAGUGCGAACAGAGGCGCGAGACCGCAAAAGGCCAAUCGUUCGCUUUUACCCAUCUUGCUUCACGAUGCACCUAUGAGCGAUCAUCUCAGUGUAGGUGUCCAAACAUGGGGUAGCGCCAUCCUGCUAGGUCGACAAAUCGCUCUUCACCCGUCAGACUAUGGGCUUUUCCCUCCUUCCGGAGUCAACAGAGGUGUACGAGUCCUAGAACUUGGAGCCGGGACAGGUCUUCUUUCCAUUCUUUCCCGAAAGCUUCUCGACCUCAAUGCCAUCGCAUCGGACACCCAUUCCGGUUUGGUGGUAGCCACAGAUUUCUUGCCCUCUGUAUUGGACAAUCUCAAAAUAUGUGUCGACCUCAAUUUUCCUCCUGCACUUACUUCGAAUGGAAUUGAGUCUAUAACCGAUAUUGCUCGUAAUGAAGGUAUACAUAUUGCCAAGCUAGAUUGGACGACUUUCCCCGCUUUCAUGGCCAAGGGAGGACAAGGCGACGAAGAACAGAUGGGGGUAUUUGCUAGGGACGGAACAUUUGAUUUGGUGUUAGCCAGUGAUUGUGUGUAUGAUGAGACACAUGCGAAGUUGUUGAGGGAGGUCGCGGCGUGGGUGUUGAGGUUGCCUGAAGGUGAAAACGACCAGGGUGGUACCUUCCACAUCCUAUCCCCCCUCCGCCCGACAUUCGCUCCCGAGCUUGAAUCCAUCGAUCAACACUUCCCUCCUCUCUCCACUUACACUCCACUAUCCGAUCGCUCCGCCGCCGCGGCGCUCUCACCAGAUCCAUCAGCUGUUGCACCGGAGCUCCGCGGAGAGGGUCUUGGUAUAUCAAAAGGUCUAAAGCUCGGCACAAGAGGCGAGGGUAAACGAGGAGUCAAGGGUAGGAAGGGUGAAGGAAGAAUCGACGAGGCCCAAGGGUACUGGUGGUGGGAGGUCGGAUGGGGAUAGACCAUUAGACACCAUGAAAAGGAUUAGAUUCCGGAUCUCUUUGCAUACGACGGGUAUUAUACUGAGAUUUUGAGCUACAUACAACUGACAGUCAGGGUUCGAGAACGGUACGAGGUGUGGAGCGUCCUUGGCUAACUAAGGGAGAUCGACGUUGGGCCACAGUGAAUGGAGCAGGAGCGAGAGAACAGGCAUGACGAGCGCUCCUGAGAGAUUUCCUACUUGAGAACGGGUCCUUUUGUUUCUUUGGCGGUGACGAGAAGGGUGAACUUUUGGAGCCGGCAUGGUCUGUGGAGGGCGAUGUCGCUCGCUCUUUUAUAAGUGGAGAGUCAGCUGAGAAAUUGUCUACGGCUAUGGAAUCCCUCUGCUAAUACUACAAUCUGCUACGGAUCAGUCAACUUUUCUUCCGUGUCGUAGCGAGAGGCUAGCAUCGUUCGUCAUGCGCACACGCUUCCAGACCAAAGAUCCCCUGGGGCAUAGACCUCUUCCUUCGAUUUAGCACAAAUUCGUGCUCUUGGCUUAACUGAACCGAUGGACGGUUUUUGCACACUGCAUUACGCUCAUAGCUCAAAAGUAAUCGCCAUGCAUAGCGGGUGUAAAAUCAAUUAUAGAACGCCCUAUAGUUUGUUUUCGAUAAAAAUCCAAUCUUUUCGAUUCAUUCGGUGCGAGAACCUGCCAUAGCAUCGAGACCCAACAUAUCCAUUGCGUGUUGACGGGCCCUCCUAAGGAAAUCUGUCCUGGUUCCUGCGGCGAAGCUGCCGGAGACUGUGGUGGUGCUUACGCUAGUGGUGUAGUGUGAAGAGAGAUGCACGG